UUGAAGAUUAUUUUCCGAUGACAUUUCUAUCCAAAGAAUCCAAUUAGUUCUAAUGGCGCUUCAAGCCCCUCGUACUCUCGCAGGCGCAUCUCCCAACCUGGUGAUCUCCAAAACGCGUAGCAAACGGCAAAAGACAUUUACGGGAUGUUGGACAUGCCGGAGUCGCCAUGUGAAGUGUGAUGAACAGCGUCCAGAAUGCCGAAGAUGUAUCAACGGAAAAUUCGAUUGCGCUGGCUAUGGUGUUCGUUUGACUUGGGUUGAGUCGUCUGAGAAAGCAUCAACAUCUCGGCGGCGUCGGCAACCGCAUAAACGGGUCGACCAGACUCGGCGCAACGACAACCUGACGGAUGAUGUUCUUUCUACUGUGCACAAUGGAACUGGCUCGCCGGCCGAAAACCUACCAGGCCAACAAUUCCGGGUGGUGAACGGCGAAAGUGAUGAUAUAUUAAGCUCCAGCUCGUACGAUACAACAUCAUUUCAGGAUGCAAUAUCUGGCUUGUCGAAUCGACCGCAAAGUAUUACUUAUAAAGAUGCUUCGGUUUUAUUAUCCAAUUCUUCACAACCUCCUUCAACGCAGAAUAACUUUACGGAGGACUAUGCUUCUCAAGAUUGGCCGGACGGGCCACUAGACAGCCUAUAUCCUCACCAUUUUGGGCCCUUUGAUAAGCAUGAUCUUCUCUAUGAAUCUUCUUUAUCUUUUAAUAUGAGCUGGCCGUCACUGAAUCUAAAUACCACAUCUACAUCAGCCCAACAGCGGGGUCUCAUUCACUAUUGGGUCACGCACCUUUGUGACAAGCUGAUGCCGGUCCGAAAUUCUACGAACCCAUUCCUUUCGGUGGUUUCACCCAUGGCGCUCGAAGGUAGUCGCAUGAAAGGCGACAAGCCUAGUAGCGCCGUCGCUCUUUUCCAUGCUGUGUGCGCCGCCUCCGCUACCCACCAAGCGAACAUCAGAACUGAUUCCACCGAAAUGAGCAACCUGGCACUCGAGCAUACUCGCAUUAGUUUUCAUCAUUUGUCUAGAAGCAUUCAUUUGGACGAUAUGGACAACCGCAUGGCAAGCCUUGGGACACUAUGCAUCUGGCUACUUACGCAUUUCAUAAGCGGAACCCCGGGAGCAUGGAGGGAUCUCGUUAAAGUUGCACGUAACCUUCUGGCAAAUACUCCUUCGGAGACGUGGAAGUCAUCAAUAUCGGCUGAGCUAACGUAUCAAUGCUACGCUGGAUUCAUUCCUUUGAUCCAAUCCCAAUAUCUUGGCUACAUAGAGUACCCAAGCCCAAUUGGAGCGGUGAAAAUGGACCAAGACAUUAUGAAGAACCAAGCCAUUUCAAACCGGUCACUGGAGAUGAUUUCCUCUUAUAAUACGAGACUACUGCAGGGUGUAAGCAUCGAUGCGGAGGAGUUGGAUCGUCUCGAGAUAGAAUUCACACUCUCUGUCCCCCCACUCGACGAAAAUGCGGAUUUGAAGACAACGAAUGGCGCAAUCAUACAUCACCACAGCUACCUCUUCCAUUUCGCUUGUCUCAUAUACUUCAAGUGUACUUCUGGUCGACGAGGACCUGAAGAUGAGAUACAGGAUCUUGUCGCAAAGUGCAUGGAUCACAUCGAACAUCUAAAUUCCAUCCAGAAGGGGGCAAAUUCGCGGACGUGGGUGUAUGCCGUGGUGGCGUUUGAGGCGCAGAGACCUGAGCUACGGGCCAGGGCGCGAGAAGCUUUCGAAUACCGGAAAUCGCUGGCGUUUGCGACAUUCGACAUGCUACUCCGGGCAGCCGAAGAGAUAUGGAGAAUACGUGACGAGGCUCCUCCGGGGGAGGGUUUGGAGCCGUGGCCAAAGAUUUUGGCUGGAUUGCCUCAGUUCGAUGUUCUUUGGUAUUGACAUUUCGCAAAAUUACCUGGAAGUCAAGUGUUCGC